AUGACCGAUCAACAUUUCAAAGGAACGGUCGAUAAGAAUAUAAAUAAUUAUCAACUUACUUCUGUAAUUCGUAGAGAAUCAAGAGAAGUACCUUUCUCUCCUUUUUUACCACCUGAAACUUUAGGUGAAAUUUUUUCAUAUGUUGGAGAUGAUAUAAAAUCAUUACAUUCAUGUCUUCUUGUUAAUAAAAUGUGGUGUGAGAGUGCUGCCCUGAUUUUAUGGAGGCAGCCAUUUGAUAUUUCUUCAAUAAUGGCAUCUGCCGACCUUGUCGACGUGUAUUUCUUGUUUUUUUCAGAUGAUAUUAAAAACUUUUUGUUAACAUCAGUUCCAAAUGGAUUAUCACAUUUACUUUCUAAUAGACCAUCUUUGAAUUAUUUAUCCUAUUUAAGAUAUGUAGAUUUCAAGAAGGUUUAUAAGGCUGUUAGGAUGUGGUUGAGGUGUAAAACUUUAUUCGAACCUUUAAGUUUAGAAUUCAAAAAGAAACAGAUAGCUUUAGCAAAUAGAAUAGUUACCGAAUUGGGGAAAAUCUUUACAACGGGAUAUGCGAGGUUAGAUCGACUAUCACUUUGCGUUGACAGUAAAUAUUUCGAGUAUAAUCCCAUAGAUAGUGAAGAGGAUUGUUUAUCUUGGCCAUGUUAUCCUGGAGCUUGCAGCGCAUUGUCAGAGCUUCGAGAGUUCUUAUGUGGGGGACAAUUCGUAAAGGACAAAAUCUUACAUACGAUGGCUGGAAUAUGUAAAGACAUUGAAGUACUUACCAUUCACGAAUCCGCUGAUACAUCACCUAAAAUGUUGGCAGAAUUUAUCAACGCUCAAAGAAGGUUAUUAAAAUUUACACUUACAAGUUGGUCGGGGGAGACUCUCGAGAUUUUAUCUUCCUUAAGAAGGCAAGCAAGAACUUUAAGACACAUGGAACUGAUUAGGUGUACAUUUCCUAAAAAUGAAGAUUAUACAAAAUUAUUUUGUGGUUUAGCGGAAUGUCGUAAUUUAAAAACAUUAAAACUUUCACAAUGUCAAAAUUUAAGUACGAAAAUCAUGAAACCAUUAGCGAAAGCGAGUUUUGAACAAUUACAAACCUUUAUAAUUGAUAAUGAAGCAGUUCCAGAUCCUCCAACCUUAGAAAUUAAGAAUAUUAUUCAAAAUUCCAAAGAUUCGCUUAUAGAAAUAGGGUUAUGUGUGAAUUUGUCAUUAUACGUUGAUAUCAUGGAAACCAUUGGAUCAUGUUGUCCAAAUUUACUUAAAUUAAGUGUUACAAUCGAAAGAGAUUAUGAAAUACAACAAUUAAUCACAUUAUUUAAAUCUUGCACAAAGCUUGUUGAAUUAAGAAUACCAAGAAAAUGGAAAUUGUUUGAAGUAAAAAGAUCUUUAAUUGAAUUGGGAAAUGUUUUACCAUUCACAUUACAAAGCUUAGAAUUAGACGGGUUAAGAUUCAGUCAUGAGACAUGGGAAGAAUUUUUGAAAAUAUGUCCCAAAUCUAUAGAUCAUUUUACAUUCAAUUGUUUUAAUAAGUCAAUAUUUGUUAGUACUUUACAGAAAUAUGGAGAGGAAUGUGGUAAAUGCGUGAAAAAUGAGGAAGUACUUGGUCAAUUUUAUUUACCAAUGCAAGUAUCUGUAGAGUUGCGUUGA